AUGUGCGGUCGCCGUUACCUACAAGGGUCCGAAGCGCCUGCGACAGAUGCCGGCAACAUAAAUCCCGGUGUGAUCCUUUCCGGCCCUGCUCUCUAUGCGUCCGAGCCGACGUCCCUUGUCGACCACUAUCGACAAGCCGACCAACUGCACGGAAGCUCCAGAGGUCGCCGACGCCAAACAAGCAUUCCGUCGGAGACGCUUGACGAACAGUCACGAGACGCAGCUCAUGGCCUUGGAAGAGAAGCAACGAGUCAACAUCAGGCUCGAUCACCAAAGACGCUUCAAAGGAAUGGCGUAUCUGAAGAGUCUUCGGGGACGCAUGAUAUGCCGCAAUCUCUAGACUGCGGUGAAGCCGAAUCUGCGAUUGAAAUUGCUCGAAGACUUUGUGGACUUGGCAGCAACCACAUCAGUGACCAAUCCACCUCCGCCAUUCCUGGCUACCAGACCACCGGCCCUUGUGAAACUAAUUUGGGUUCAACGAUCACCAAUCAGCGAGUAUCUAUAUCUUCUAUUGUGGGCCAACACCUGCCGCCCAUGGAUCUUGUGUAUAGUCUGUUAGAAGAGUAUUUUGAUUCUGUACAUUGGUUCUCCCUCGCCAUAUACGAGCCAAAGUUCCGCAGAAGGCUCAAUUCCAUUGCAGAUGGACGUGCAUAUCCAUCGCAAAGACCUUUCCUUUUGCUUCUAGCCGUCAUGCUCGGAAUGGCAGCCUGGUAUCGAUCGAGGAGUAGCGGCACUGAACUGACCCAUAGCAGCGAGGAUUGGGGCCCAUGGAGUACAGACUUGAUCCAGCUGGUCGAGUCAAACCUGGUGGAAUUUAUGGAUCAACCUUCAGUCACGGCGACCCAAACUUGCAUCCUUCUAGGGUCACAUCACGUUUAUCAUGGUCGUCCAAAUCUCUCAUUUUCAUUAUUGGGAGCAACAAUCAAGAUGGCCCAGUCCCUAGGAUUGCAGCGGCAAUAUCUGCGCGGACAACCCGAAGAUAUCGAGGAGAGGAAAAGAGUUUGGUGGACCAUCUACACAUGGGAUCGGUUUGCCUCGAUCACCUAUGGCCGGCCGUUAGGCAUCAACGACAAGGACUGCAAUCUCCAGAUGCCGCCGGAUCUCCUUGAGAACCCAAGGUUUGUCGGCCAUGGCUCCUCCCAGGAAGAAGCAAUAUGCUAUUCAUCCUAUCAGCGGGAGCUGAAUCAACUUUACUUAAUCGCUUCCCCCGCACUCGAGGCUAUUUUCGGUUCCCGCACAUUCAGGACUUCGGAACAACUGGCUGGCGACUCAUACCUUGCUUUGGUCAAACACGCUACAAAAAAACUUCAGGAAUGGCGACAUUCUCUAACCACCCACCUUAGUUUAGAUCUCAAGAAUGAUUUUCAGCCCGACAGCAAGGCAAGCUCGAAAGCGUACGCGUUACAAUCUUUGUCGCUGCAGCUGACUUAUGACAACAUUCUCGUUGUCCUGCAUCGACCGUUGUUAGCACGUCAGGUUAAUCAAUUAUCCUCUACCAGUAAGCAUUCUCCGACGGAAGUCCCAGUAAAUACACCAACAUACCACCAAGCGCAUUCCCUGAGCCAUUCUGGCUCAUAUUUUGAUUCUACAUCUUCAGAGACGCGGGUCACCAGCUCUGAGCUGUGGAUGGAUGCUGCGGUGAGGACAUCGAAGAUAACAGCACUGCCGGUCCUUAUUCGGCUCGCUACAGAAAGUCAUCUGGUCGCCUUUCUCGCCAUCAAUUUAUUUCAUGCAGCAAUAGUGCUAGCUGUCCUGGCACUUUCAGAGCCCCUUUCAGACAAGGCACAAGAAGUUAAACGCACGAUUACUCGUAUCCUCCGUGUUCAAGACCUCAUUGGCAAGCGGUCUGCACUGUCAAAACAAAGCACGAUCGUCCUCAAAAAUAUCGUCGCCCUGCUCCUUCGGCGCGAGUCAGAGGCCAUGCUUGCUCCUGUCACUCGAACAAGUGAACCAAUCGGCGACCAGAAUAACCCCCCGGGACCUGAUUCAGUUCCGAUUUCUGUAGAAGACGCUCUCCGAUUACCGUUUGAUGCAAUGCAGGACUCGCGUUAUUUCCCUACUAUCAACGAAAUGUCUUCGGAUGUUAACAGGCUGUAUCGCUUAAACGAGGGUUUAGCGUCCGUUCAACAUGCCUUGGGUCCGGGUGAUGAUCGGUUAUUCAGCAUUGCUCCGAGCGGCGAAGGUCCUCAAAGUCAGCAGUCCAUUGAGCCAAACAGACACUCCCGUAGCAUGUGGCAACCACCUACGCAAGACUGGAAUGUAUCGAACGAAGUCUAUGGCUCUAUGGAAGAUACCUUUUAUGACGGAAAUAUGGAGGGAGGGUUAUAUUGGUUAUGGGAUACGACUUGGAAUGGAAUUGACGGAUAA